GCCGAGUAAAAGCUAGUGUUAGUAGUAUGGCUAGUAUAAAAGGUUCAAACUACGCAUCGAUAAGUUGACAAGUAUUUGCAUUUGAUAGAAUUUAUCGAUAAAAUUAAUCAAGCCAGUUGAUAUCAUAAAUUUGUUAAAAACUAAUGGAGGUGCGGGGAAUCGAACCCCGUGCCUCUCGCAUGCGAAGCGAGUGCUCUACCAUAUGAGCUACACCCCCAAGAUGCAUCAUACUAGCCAUAGGUCCUAUAAAACCAACAUACCACAUUCCGGUUGCCCUUUAGCCCCUCUAGUGUGCAGGCUUCUAUGGAAAACCAGUGAGUGCAUGAUAAAGCUCUGAUAGAUCAGACUUGGAGGCUAGGGCAUGGCUGGAUCUACCUUUUCUUAGAAGCAAUCACUUUUUCCUUUUUGGAAUCAAUCCAAGAAUUAGAUCUGAACCCACUGGUUUUUUUUUAUAGAUUUGUAUAUAUAUAUGCUCGACCGAAAGUCUGUUGAUGUAUUGCAGUAUGCAUGUUCAGAUUUGCAUUAUUGUUUAUGAUCAGCUUGUUGAAAACGUAUGAAGUCUACAAGUCAACCAAUCUCCCGUGAAAAAGAAGAAGAAGAAGAAGAAAAAAAUGUCAAAAUGACAGCUUAGCUCUUUGAAAAUCAACUCUUUUGCCCCCUUUAAUUAUUAGGGAAUUUAUCUUUUGUAAGAAUUUUGAGAUUGAAAUCACCCAUUUAAAAUAUUCGGAACUCAUGUUAAAAUUGAUAUUGUAAAAGAAAUGAUGGGCAUUAAACCGACCUUGGUAAGCUAUUUGGCUCAACUGCUUAAGCUUACCUUGAGAGACUCGUGUAUUGUCAAGAAACAUUGUAGUCGCAUAAUUUGAACUAUUCGACGUAAAACAUUGUAUUAACCACCAUGAAAUAUGAAAAAAGAAAAAAAACCAACAACAACUAUAAUUAUCCUUGGUUGUUGUCAAUAAAACAAUUUUUAUAGGCGAAAAAAGAGGGGAUUGAAAGGGAAGAAUAGCCCCACCACACACGAGGAGGGGAUUUUGUAUCACUGUAAAGCUUUGAUUUGGGGCCAAUUUUUUUUGCCCCAGCUUACUUACAAGCCAAAUGAUUCAUUUCGUGCUUCUCAUCAGCCGUCAAGGCAAAGUGAGGUUGACAAAAUGGUACUCCCCUUAUUCCCAGAAGGAAAGAUCCAAGGUAAUUAGGGAGUUGAGUGGAAUCGUGUUGAAUCGAGGCCCCAAGCUCUGCAACUUUGUGGAAUGGAGAGGACACAGAGUUGUAUAUAGACGGUAUGCAGGAUUGUAUUUCUGCAUGUGCAUUGACGAGGCGGACAAUGAACUAGAGGUUUUGGACAUCAUUCAUCACUUUGUCGAGAUUCUUGAUCGCUAUUUUGGCAGCGUGUGUGAAUUGGACUUGAUCUUCAAUUUCCACAAGGCUUACUACAUAUUGGAUGAGGUACUGAUUGCGGGAGAGUUUCAAGAAUCGAGUAAAAGAACAAUCAUAAGAUUGUUGUCUACCCAUGAUUCCAUGGUGGAGAUGGCUAAGGAGGAAGCGACUUCCAUCGGCAAUAUGAUUGCACAAGUUACCAAAUGAACAGGCCCAGCUGCUGCAGUGAAGACCCAAAAAAGCCCAAUUCAGUGUUGGACCAGUAAGAAAGAAAUUGCGGCCCGACUGUUCGGAAAAUCGACGACGAAUAUUAUUAUUAUUUUUUUUUUGUUAAUGCUGAAACAUAAUAACUAAAUCUGUAAAAUCUAGAAACAUUUUCACUUUUGUUGUAGAAGGCCAAAAACGCAAAAUCAUAUGAUAUAAUUUGUAUUCUUUUCUUCAAGGUAAAAUGAAACCAGAAAAGUUCU